AUGAGGUCCAAUCCAGGUAGCACAGUUAGGAUUUAUGUUAAUAUUAACCCUGAUCAGACUACAACUUUUCAUAGAAUCUAUGUGUGCUUUAAAGCAAUCAAAGAUGGGUGGAAGAUAGGAUGUCGUAGGGUUAUAGGGUUGGAUGCAUGGGCUGUUGUGGAGGUUGAAAACAAGGUUAAUUGGACAUGGUUCUUGGAACUAGUUAGUGAAGAUCUUUCAUUGGAUGCUGGCAGAGGAUUAUGUGUCAUUAGUGAUCAACACAAGGGUCUUGUUGAAGCAACAAAGGAUAUUCUACCCCAUGUAGAGCACAGACAAUGUGUUAGGCAUAUUUAUGCCAAUUUUAGGAAAGUGUAUAGUGGGAUACAAUUCAGAAACAUGUUUUGGGCAACUGAAAAAUCUACAACAGAAGGUGAUUUCAAGAUAAACAUGGAUAGGAUCAAGACUUUAAGUGAAGGUGCAUAUGAUCAUCUUAUGGCUAGAGAACCUCAUACAUGGUGCAGGGCAUUUUUUGGUAGUGGUUUGGCAUGUGAGUCUGUAGAGAAUGGGAUAACUGAGUGUUUUAAUGCAGUCAUUGUAGAUGCUAGAAAAAAGCCUCUUUUGGCUAUGCUUGAAGAAAUAAGACUCUACAUGAUGGAAAGGUUCUACAACUUAAGAGAGGAAGCACAUAAAUUAGAAGGUGAUGUGUGUGAAGCAACACUUCUAAAGAUGGAGGAAUUUGCUGAGGAUAUAAGGACUUGGUAUGCAGUGCCAAGUGGUGUUAAUUCAUAUGAAAUUAGGAAUGGAUUUCAAAGUUAUGGAGUUGAUUCAGAACACCAUUACUGUAGUUGCAGACUGUGGGAUAUAGCAGGGAUACCUUGUGUGCAUGCCCAGGUAGCAAUCUUAUACACCAACCAAGAUCCAAAGGAAUUCAUUAGCACUUGGUUCAACAAGAGUAAUUACAUGGCUACAUAUCAGUCUAACAUACUUCCAAUCAAUGGAAGUAACUUGUGGGAAGAAACUGGCUAUACCAAGCCCCUUCCACCUACAGCUAGGAGGAUGCCAGGACGACCCAAUGUCAAAAGAAGGAGACAUGUAUCUGAGCAUGAAGACAAGUACCCCCAAGUGUCUAACAAGGGAAGAACUGUACAAUGCAAGAAUUAUCUUCAAAGGGGACAUAAUAAAGCUUCUUGCAAAAAUCCAAAGGUUGUACCUGAGCCAAAACCUAAAAAGAAAAUAGGCAGACCCAAAUUGGAUCCUGAUUUGACUAACUGGAUAGGAUCUAGAAGAGGUGAUAGAGGUGGGGGUACUGGAUAUGGUAGAAGAGGGAAGAGAGGUGGUGGUAGGGGAUCUGGAGGAAGAGGCAAGAGAGGUAGUGGGAAUACCAAAUUUGGUGAGGUAACUUCUAAUCUUGAUGAAGAAAAUGUGGUGACUCCUACUGUUGAGAGUGAUAAUGAAGAGGCAAAAGAUAUGGAGAGUCUUGAAGUUGAUGAUGAAAUAAGAGUGGAUGUAAAGAGUGAUAUUGAUUUCAUGAGACAGUCGAAUUACACUACACAAGAGAUUUUGGAAUGUCUUGGAAUCAAUGAGGAAGAAUUAUAUGAAUUUGAGGGUCUAAAACAUGUACCUGUGGAUCUUAAUAUAUCACAGGGUUUUGAAUUUCCUAGCCAAUUAACUGUAGAAACUUUGACUGAGAAUGAAGAGGAGGGUAUGGAUGAGGAGGGCAUGGAACAAGAAGGUAUGAAUCAGGAUGGUAUGGGUCCAGAGGGAAUCAUUGAAGAGGAUAUGGGUAGAGAACAAGAAGGUAUGGAUCAAGAGGGCAUGAAUCAGGAUGGAAUGGGUGCACAAGGGUUAGAUCAGGAGGGAAUCAAUGAGAAUGGCAUAGGUGAGGUGGGCAUGGAACAAGAAGUUAUGGAUCAAGAGGGCAUGAAUCAGGAUGGAAUGGGUGCACAAGGGUUGGAUCAGGAGGGAAUCAAUGAGAAUGACAUAGGUGAGGAGGACAUGGAACAAGAAGUUAUGGAUAAAGAGGGCAUGAAUCAGGAUGGAAUGGGUGCACAAGGGUUAGAUCAGGAGGGAAUCAAUGAGAAUGGCAUAGGUGAGGAGGGCAUGGAACAAGAAGGUAUAGACCAAGAGGGCCUGGUUGUGGAGGACAUGGGCAGGAGGCCAAAACUGAGAAAGAGGAAGACUUCAGAGAGGAUAACAAAAAUUCAAUUGAAGAAAUUGGUGGUUGUCAAACAUGGGAAGGGGAUGAGUUCAUCCAACCCACUUAGUCUAGAUUAG